CAUUGCUUCCUAGUAAGUGUUCUUAGUGUUUGCUCAACACUUCCAGGAUUAGUAUUUAUAUAGCUAGAUUAGUACUUUGAAGCAGGGGUGAAAAGCAGAUAUCAGUAAAUGAAGGUACAUUGUAUGGGAUAUUAGCCCCCAAAUUUCAGAAACCAGUUGCUUCCAUUUUUCAAAAUGUGAAAUUUUGCUCAUCUUUACCAUACCAGAUCAUUUGGUUCCUGGUCCUCCUGGAACUUUGGAGCUCCCUUUUGUCCUGCUUUGUUUGGUAGACAGUCUCCAGUUGGGGCUCUCAAAAACUGGGCUGCUAAUACCAGCCUAUGAGAAGAUCUAAGCCUUUAAAGGAAAGAAGAAAGGAAUAGAAAGUGACCAAAAAUUGCUUCUCACACAGGAAACAAAGGAGGGUCAUUUGCCAGUUCUUCCCAAGCUCACUUCUUAAUAUAUCAUAUACCAUCUAAAAGGGUGAAUAUUACUAUUCAAACUUCCAAAGGAGAUGUUAAGGGGAGGAUAUAUGCUAAGUAGAGUAAAUAGACAAUAGAUAAAGUAAUCAAUGCUUGAUUAGCAAAAUUUAUUGUUUAAUAUUGGGAGAUGGGAUGGAAUGGGAUCAGGUGGGUUAUGUGCAAGGAUUUAACACAAACCUGGAAAUUAAAGUAUGACUUGUAUUUCUAUGGCAACAAUUAAUCUGACAUCCCUGAGGAUUCCUGUCACCUCAGCCAAACCUUUCCCUACAUCCUCUGAUAUUUCUUACACAAACUUAGGUCUUUUCUAUCUUGAGAAAUCUGCAAAGCUUAACAGUCUAGCAUUCAUUAAUGUUUCUACACCCACACACCCCUUUUGAGAACUGAGAUGGGGGCUGAUAUAUUUUUUUAAUAAUUACCCCCCCUCCCCUUAGAGUUUUAAGACAUGAGAAAAGUAUGGGGGGGAAGGAAAGGGAGGGGGUUGUUUUUGUUAUCUCCUAAUCCUCUAAAGGGAAUGGAGAUGUUAGCAUGAGUUAAUGGAGGAAUAUCUGAUUUUACUCAUGGUAACUUUCUCCUCCUUCAGCUUCUGCUUUUCAUGGGCCUAUCCUUUUCCUAGUGGGAAGUUUAAGAGACCAGGUGAUGGCAGCUGCUACAAUCUUCCCUAUAGCCAGGCCCCAGCCUUUCCUCAUACAGUGUCCCAGCGGGAACAUGUUGUUUCAGGGUUUGCUGAACUUCGAGGAUGUGGCAGUGUCCUUCAGUCAGGAGGAAUGGGGGCACCUGAGCCCUGCCCAGAGGAGCCUGUACAGGGAUGUGAUGCUGGAGAAUUUUGGGAACAUGCUCUUGUUGGGGCUCCCCAUCUCCAAACCUGACCUGAUCUGCAUGCUGGAGCGAGGGGAAGAGCCCUGGGCCCCAGAUCCUCGAGCAACUGAAGACGGAGACGUCCAGAGAGAUUCUGAAGCCGGGACUGAGAAUAAGAAGUUGAUCUUAAAACAGGAAAUUUCUGAUGAAAUUAACUCAAAGGGAGAAAUAUUAGAAAUACUUUUAGGUGAGGUUCCUCAGGAUCUGCUGCUUGAAGAAUCCUGUGAACUUGAAGACCAUUUAGAAAGGCAAAUGGAAAAUUUGCUAGGAGAGAGAGAGGGCCCUUUUCUGUCACAGCCGAGAAUUUCAGAACAAAUGACAUUUACUUACCAGGAAACUCCAAGAGAAGACCGUGACUGUGUAGUGACAUAUCACAGCCCUCCUAUAGGAGUGAGACCUUACAAAUGUGGCACAUGUGGCCAAGGCUUCAAACGCAGCUCUGAUCUCAUUAAACACGAGAAGAUGCAUAGUGGGGAAAAGCCUUAUGAAUGUAGUGAAUGUGGGAAAGCCUUUAGUUGGAGCUCAGCCCUUAUUCAGCAUCAGAGAACUCACACUGGGGAGAAACCUUAUGAGUGUAAGGAAUGUGGGAAAGCCUUUGGGUGGAGCUCAGAGCUUAUUCGACACCAGAGAAUCCAUACUGGAGAGCGGCCCUAUGAGUGUCUUGAGUGUGGGAAAGCCUUUGUCAGGAGCUCCGCCCUCAUUCAGCACCAGCGGAUACACACUGGGGAGAAGCCCUACGUGUGUAACGUUUGUGGGAAAACCUUCCGUCACAGGCCCACACUCGUUUACCAUCAGGGAAUUCAUACUGGGGAAAAGCCCUAUGGGUGCAGUGUGUGUGGGAAAGCCUUUACCCAGAGCACUACUCUUAUUGAGCAUAGAAGAAUUCACACUGGAGAGAAGCCAUAUGAAUGUAAUGAGUGUGGAAAAGCUUUCAGUCGGAACUCGGCUCUUAUUCAGCACCAGCUAAUUCAUACUGGAGAAAAACCUCAUAAGUGUAAUGACUGUGGCAAAGCUUUCCGUCAUAGGUCAGCUCUUAUUUAUCAUCAGAAUUCAUACUGGCGGGGAACUCUUUGGAUGUAAUGGAAAUUUGAAAGCCGUCAGCUUAUUUCUUGUAUAUUAUCACCACUUAUCUCAUAUUUAACCGUGGAAAAUUCACACUACAGGGAAAUCCAAUGGAUGGCUGCAUGUAGGAAUGCUUUUCAACACAGGUCAAUGGCUGUCAUUGAAAUUCAGCAUUUAAAUUAGAUGUUUCCAUCACAGUGAAGGGAUUUGGGGAUUAGAGUAUGUGCUAAACAUACUUUAGUUUUCCAAUAAGCAGUGCCUCUUUUAGGUUAGCUACUAGGCUCACCAGUUCCUUUUUCAUGUUUUUUUCUUGGUCUCAGCUGCUAAGUAGUUAAAGGGUUAUGUUGUUAACAACCUCAUUCACUCUUUUUAAAAAUAUUUGCUAAGAACAACUCUCUUAACCAUUCACCAACUUUAUCUGGCCUGAUGCAUUUCAUAUCCCUUCCAGAGUGAUGAGAUCUUGUGCAGAAUUUAAUUCUCUUCCUGUUUUUUUGUUUUUGUUUUUGUUUUUGUUUUUCAACAAAAACAAACACAGUUUAAACAAAAUUAAACCAUCAGAUACCCUAAAUAUAUUAGAAAAAUAAAACAGAUGUUGUCUUCUUAUUAGUUAAUAAGGGAGAUCCUUACUAAAAGCACAGCUCUUGACCAACAUCUGAAAAGUCACACCACACAAAUAUGUGAAUAGAAUUAAUUUGUGAGCCUUGUAGAUCUAAGAAUUCAUAUUGAACAAGCACCAUUAACAUAGGAAGUAAGAGAAAAUAAAACCUGCUAUCACUGUUACUGUUUGAUUUAUUAUUACCAAUAAAAUGUCUUGUGAUAUGUGUGAUGUGA